AUGAACCCCGUCCCGCCCAAGCGCCCAGGCGAGGCUGUUCCUCCUCUCCUGCCCUCCUUCUCCCCCUCACCACCCUCACCACCCUCACCACCGCGCCAGAAACCCUCGACGCUGGCGAGCAUUGCUACCAAGGGGAUCCAGACCUUGGUCAGCUCCCGCUCCCGCGCAGACUCCUCCUCAACCGCCUCACCUAUUCGACGCAAGCCCUUGCCCACGGAUUCCCCAGUGUUUGGAGCAGUUCCUUCGGCUGAAUCUACCGACCCUGCCAGAGCUGGUGCUCAUAGACAGACCGCUCACCGUUCAUCUACAACUGGCCGCGACCCCCACGGUACCAACGCUGUUCAGCCAACCCCCCUGGAUGACUAUGAGCUUUUUGUCCCUCGGAAUCUGGAUGAGAACCCACAUGGAGCUACUCCAUUGACAGCGAACGCCCCCAGCAACGCCUUCGCGCCCCCUCGAAAGAGCUCUCUCGGAUAUUCAUUCCCUUCUGUCCCAGGUGCGCCGCGGCAUGAUCGUUCGGCCAGCAGCUUUCACUCUCGCCGUUCUACUGAGGAUUUGACUGUCGCCCCGAACAAAGGAAUCCACGUGCGGUCGCCAACAAUGCCAAACAUGGCUUCAUACCCUCCACAUCCUCGCCAACCCAGCCUUAAGCUACGGCUAGAUGGAGUGACGGAGGACUAUAUUGACGAGGACCCGUAUGAGGUGACACCCGAGUCACCACAGCCACCUGCAAGCAAGCCCAAGUCACCGGCGCCCGGAAAAUUCACAUCCUUUUUCGGAUGGAACUCUUCAAAAGCACAACACGAGACGGAGUCUCCUACGACCACGUUUAGCGAAAAGUCAUUGUCGCCGGCAGCGUCGCCACGCUACCCGAGACAACCGUCGGCACCUGCACGGAGCAAGCCUGCCGGUCUUGAUAUACCCACCGCGAACUCCUAUGCGCAAACCUCCUACUUCAAUGUUCCCGGAACACCUCUCCUGUCUUCGUCGCCACAAAUGAACGCUCAUGUGGAAGAGCUGGAGCGCGAGCUUCGCGAAUUGAGCUCCGAGCUUGCCGCUUCAAUACGGAGAGAACUGGAUCUGGAAGAUGAGAUUGAAAGAUAUAAGCAGGAAAGCUCCAUGGCCUUGACGGACAAUCGUCGGACAAGCGACUACUAUUCCGACUCUGGCGCAAGCUCCGUCCGAUACCCCAUAAGCGACACUGAGAGCAAGUUGGAAGAGGUGGAAGCGCUUCGGCGCAAGGCGGAGCAGGAGCGUGCCCAGCUGAAGGUCCACAUGGCAGAGCGCCUACAGGAAGAGCUUCGCAGACGAAGGGAUUUGGAAGAGCAAGUACAACACCUUGAAGAACAAGUCAGUACCCAGCCCAGCACCACGUCCGCCGUUGGUCCUGAGCGAGUCAAAGAGCUGGAGAGCGCCUUGGAGGAUGCUAAAAGAAGGCUUGCCGAAGAGAAGCAGGUCAAGGAGAAUUUCGAAGAUCUGCUGGCAGCUUUGCGAGAGGAGCUCGAGCAGCAUCGGAACGAACGGGACAAUCUCCGCGACGAAGUGGUGCCGCAGCUCAGAGCUCGAUUGGAGGGUCUAGAGUCCGAAGUGUCUGAGACGCAGAAUCUCAUCUAUGAAACAACGCGCAUGCAGCAGGAGAUACAGCAGCUCCGGUCCGAGAACCAGAGCCUUAUCAAUGCGCGUAGAAUGCAACAAGACCUCGCCCAGCAGCAAUCCCGCUUUCAAUCAAUUGCCGAGGAGUCUGACUCACCUGCACCGGUUCCUACCCAGCGCGUUGGCUUGUCGAGAUCGAACUCGCUUGCGCGAAGCUCAGCCUUCAACCCCAAGAGAGGUUCACUCUCCCGGUCGAAUUCGGUCAAGGACCGAUCUGUUCCAGAGUCACCCCGUGAGGGACCGCUCAGCGGCAAUCCUGUCAAGGAGUUGGAAGAGCAGCGAGAUGCACUGCACAAAGCGCUGAAGCACUUGCUGCAGCGCCAGGAGCUCCAGCAGAAGGAGUUUGCGAAGCGUAUCAAGGAGCUUGAAGCCGAGCGGGAUCGCGCUCUGAAUCUGACACCACGUCGGAGUACCUUCCACAAAGAGGUGGCUCAUCUUAGGGAGGAAGUGAACUCCCUCCGGCGUCGGGCGGACGAUGCACUGGAACAGAAGUGGCAGUGCGAAAAGGGUCUGAGCGGUCUCCGUAUGGACUUGGACCGCGCUCAGCAGGAAACCACGUCUCUGCGCGAACUCUUGCAGGAGCAUGACAUUGCCAUUCCAGAGAUUCGCGUUGACGACCAGCCUGUGUCCCUCGACAAGGCUUACAGAGAGUUACGCACCACGCACGCACUAUCGCUUGCUCGUCUGAAGCAGAUGGAGUCCGAGGAUGAACUGGGCGUUGCCGGUGAAGAAGCUGAGAAGACACUUGAUCUUUUGAUGCGCUCCAUAUCGGACGCGGAGGCUGAGAGGGAUGCAGCGCAGAAGGAAGCCGAGGAGUAUCGCGAGCAAGCUCGUGCUCUGCAAGCGUCUGAGAUCCAGCACCUCGGGAACCAGGAAAGGCUUAGCAAGGAACUGUAUGCUGCCGCCACUCGUAUGGACAACCUCUCCAGCAGGAUUCAGGUACAACUCGAGUCGAACCGCUCUCUCCGCGCUCGCCUGGCAGAGGCCAUCUCGAGGGGAGAGAAGGAGCAAUCCAAGUCCGCUGAGAAGAUCAUUGAACUGGAACGCCGGCUGAAGGCUGCCGAGGAUAGGGUCAUGGUCGCCCAGCAGUCCUCUGAGGAAGCCAUUGCAAAACACGAAGAGGAGGUGCAGGCUCUCAAAGAAAGCAACAACAAUCACCUGCGCAGGGCCAAGUCUGGACUGCUCAGCCCAGCCGCCUUCUCGCCAAAGCUGCCAACGUCGCCUUUCUCGCAGAAGUUCCCGCGCCUGGACCAGACGACCAGUGGACCAGCCAUGUCGAUAGCUGAAGCCACGAAGACGGAGCUGCUCGAGAGGCGAGUGGAGGAGCUUGAGAAGGCGCUGAGGGAUGCUGACCACGAAAUGGAAGAGGUUGUGGGCAGGAUGAACAUGGCGCAGAUUGAGGUUGCUGAUCUGCAGUUCCAAAGGGACGAGGCAAUGAGGCAGACUAGAAGACUCCAAGCGGAUAUUCUUGCCGAGCGCGAGAAAGUCAAGGCUCUCAUGUCCCAAAACUAGACGACACGCGACAUGAUACAUCCCGAAUUUAUGGGGAACAUCUAACUCCUAAUACCGAAUGUCGGGGUAGACGAAUACGGUCGACACGAGCGGGGCUCCGGCGUUAAUCACAUGCAUUUACAGCGCCAUUUCGGUCCUUUCCUUCGUCCCGUCAUUGACGGUUUCUCGCUUUCAGAUGCGGCUUGCUGUACCAUUCAGGGAUUGCCCAGGUGAGGGUUGGUCCCAGAACUUUGAUACCCUUUCACCAACGCAGAUGCCAUUGCCAUGGAAGCAAUCGGCAUUUUACUUUCUAGGUUUUGCAUGUCCACGCGACUUGCUAGUUCUUGCUUUUUUUUUUCUUAUUGGAAAUGCGGAGGAGGGAUUAGCAGCGUUGGGCCUUUGUCCCGUGUAUUUGUAAUGAUAUCAUGGCUGGGAAUCGGCUUGCGAGACUAGCUGGUAGCUUCAUAGAGGCU